GGGAGAGGCUGAGGAGCAGAGCGGGAGCAAGGGACUCGCUGUGCAGACGCGCUGGACCGAGUGGACACCACACAGUGACAAGGGGCUUCUGGCUGGUGGGGAGCCGUGUCUCAGCAGGGGAAAGAGGCUGUGAGGGUCCCAUCCAGGGGGGACCACAACCCACCUCGGUCUACAGAUCCCGACUCAAGGCUGCCCAGGUGGAAGAGCCACCCCUAGGUCACAAAGAUGGGUGAAAUGGAACAGAUGAAGCAGGAGGCUGAGCAGCUGAAGAAGCAGAUUGCGGAUGCCCGAAAAGCCUGCGCAGACACAACACUUGCUCAGAUCGUGUCUGGUGUGGAGGUUGUUGGCCGCAUCCAGAUGCGGACCCGAAGAACCCUGCGUGGGCACCUGGCCAAGAUCUAUGCCAUGCACUGGUCCACAGACUCCAAACUUCUGGUCAGUGCCUCACAAGAUGGGAAACUGAUUGUGUGGGACACAUACACAACUAACAAGGUUCAUGCCAUCCCUUUGCGUUCCUCCUGGGUCAUGACCUGUGCCUAUGCCCCCUCAGGCAAUUUUGUGGCCUGUGGAGGCCUUGACAACAUGUGCUCCAUCUACAGCCUGAAGACUCGUGAAGGCAACGUCAAAGUGAGCAGGGAGCUCUCAGCCCAUACAGGUUACCUCUCCUGCUGCCGAUUUCUUGAUGACAACAACAUUGUGACUAGCUCUGGAGAUACCACAUGCGCACUCUGGGACAUUGAGACGGGGCAGCAGAAGACUGUGUUCCUGGGUCACACCGGUGACUGUAUGAGCUUGGCUGUCUCCCCAGACUUCAAACUCUUCAUCUCUGGGGCUUGCGAUGCUACUGCCAAACUGUGGGAUGUGCGAGAGGGCACCUGCCGCCAGACCUUCUCAGGGCACGAGUCUGAUAUCAACGCCAUCUGUUUCUUCCCUAACGGUGAAGCCAUCUGCACCGGCUCCGAUGAUGCCACCUGCCGCCUCUUCGACCUCCGGGCAGACCAGGAGCUUAUCGUGUAUUCUCAUGAGAGCAUCAUCUGCGGGAUCACAUCCGUCGCCUUCUCCCGCAGCGGGCGCCUCUUGCUUGCUGGAUAUGAUGACUUCAACUGCAACAUCUGGGACUCCCUGAAAGCAGAGCGUGUGGGAAUCCUUUCUGGCCAUGACAACAGAGUGAGCUGCUUAGGGGUGACAGCAGAUGGCAUGGCCGUUGCCACUGGCUCCUGGGACAGCUUCCUCAAGGUUUGGAACUGAAGCCGGAAGCAGAGAGGAAAAGAGCAGCGGAAGCAUGGCCCACAGCCAGAGCCCAUGCAAACAGCACUGUCAGCUGAGCACAACAGAAAUGCCUACCCACCACUCCCGCUUGUCUCUAGAC